UCAGUGUUUUUCUUUAUUAUUUUCGUAAAUAGUUUGAUUUAUGAGGGAAACGGUUCAAGGAGUUUGUGUCCGUUGGUUUUUACCAUGAAUUCUUAACAUCUAAACAAGUUUCCAAAUUAAUUAUUUCAUACGAUUAUGUUUUUUAUCAGGGCAUGAGCUUCCUGAAUCAUGGGUGUUUCCAAGAUUAUUUGUUUGUUUUUAUAGGAGAAUACGAGAUCGAUUCACCUAUCUAUAUCAUUGGUUCAAGCAUCUUCUGCCAUUACCAAACAAAUUCUGCUUCCAUCAGGAGGGAAAAAAAAUACAUAGAUGGGCAACGAGGCAAGAUGGAGCUGGUGGCGGGUUUUCAUUGUGGCGGGAGUGGCGGUAACUGGAUUUCUUUUUUCUAGCAGCAGUGCUUCACAACCGGAGCAAUUGAUGGAGACUCAGCCUGUGGUAUCCAGGAUCGCGUUUGGAUCAUGCGCCAACCAGGACGCUCCUCAGCCAAUCUGGAACUCCAUAAUCAACUUUGACCCACAUGUUUUCAUUUGGCUUGGUGAUAACAUCUAUGGAGACAUUAGGCGUCCAUUCAAAUUAUUUGGUCGAGAAAGGACGGUAGGACCGUGGAAAAAUGUUCCACGUUUCAUUCCUUCAUCUAAGCAGGAAAUGAUGCUCAAAUACAAUAAGGGCAAGACAAUUCCAGGCUAUUCUCGGCUUAGACAGAGGACCAAGGUAAUCGGUGUCUGGGAUGACCAUGAUUAUGGAUUAAAUGAUGCUGGAAAGGAAUUUACCGAGAAGGUCACUAAUCAGAAGCUUCUCCUUGAUUUUUUAGACGAACCUCUUGAUAGUCCAAGGCGCAAGCAGCAUGGUGUGUAUGCAUCAUAUAUGUUCGGCCCUGUAGGUAAACAAAUUAAGGUUAUCCUAUUAGAUACUAGAUAUCACCGUGAUCCGCUGUUUAGUGAUGGAACUAUUUUGGGUACUGCUCAAUGGACAUGGCUGAAGAGGGAGCUUAAGGGGCCAGAGUCGGCAGUAACAAUAAUUGGGUCAUCCAUUCAGGUUAUAUCAAAUCUUUCUGCAACCACCAGACCGUUGUUCUAUUUGGAGUCUUGGGGACGUUUCCCAAAGGAAAGAGAUCUCCUUUUCAAGUUGAUUGCAGAUAGCAAGAGAAAAGGUGUUCUCUUCAUAAGCGGAGACGUUCAUUUUGGAGAAAUUUCACGCUCUGAUUGUGCUGUCGAAUAUCCGCUAUUUGACAUAACCUCAAGUGGUCUUACCCAAGCAGUUGAAAGGGUUGUUCCGCGACCAUUACAAUUUUUAGUGAGGUUUCUUGCGUGGUUGACGCCAUCUACAAUGAGAGUUAUGAAAAGCAAAUGCAGAUACAACUCCUGCACGUUCGGCCAACCAAAUUUUGGAGUCGUUGAAAUUGAUUGGGGUGCAAGUCCUGUAAGAAUAAAAAUGGAAGUGCGGGAUACGAACGGACUCACUGUGGUAGGUGUAGAUAUCCCUUUGAGUUCAUUGCGUCCAGGAAACAACGAGUACUUGUCCAGUAAUAGUACGGGUGAGUAUCAGAGGCAUUGUCUUCUGGAAGUCCAUUUGGGAUGGAUUGUCCGAUAUCGCCUGGCAAUUUUGUUUUAUAGUACUUUGACGUUACUCCUUCUCGCUUUGCUGGGAAUUGGUUAUGUGGCCACUUUGUCUUGCAGGAAGUGCGUCCGCAAAUGCAAGCGUGACUAACCGGCGUUUUCACUCUUCUUCUUGUGGCUGGAUAUGUUAGGCCGGUGUGCAGUUGUUUUAUAUUCUUAGUUUCUGUCUUUUACUAGACAAUUAUUUUUUUGAAGAUUAUUUUCAAAUUCUAUAAUGAAUAUAGUGUAAAUUUUGAAGUAUUUUGCUUUUUUUCAGGAGAAUUUUCAAAAAUAGCAAAUUUUACAAAAAUAUUUAUAAUCUAUAGCAAAUUCUAUUAGUUAUAAAAGACUAUCGGCGAUAGAAUUUAAAAA